AUGACGCAGAGCAGCGUGACCGAGCCCCCUGUGGCAGACGACUCCCACAAAGAGCAGGGCGCGGAUCCUCAGCCUUCCCAGGAUGCACUCCCGGAGGGCACCGAGCCGCUGUGGAGAAGGAUAUGGAGAGCCAGCCUCACAGCCGGAGCGUUUCUCUGUCUCUACACUUUCUCUCAGGUCACGGGUGUGUGGAUUCUGUACAUUCUGAAUGGAUACAGGGCUUUUCCAGCAGCCCAUAAGGUGCUGGAUCUCCUUCAGUACCUGUUCUUCUCCUCAGCCGAGGCCACAGAAGGACAGUUGGAGAUUUUGAGGGUGGAGAGUUUGUGUCCCCUGCUUGCGACCCUGUUUCUGGGAGUGGUCAUUCUCGGCACAGGGGCCCUGUUCUGCAUGAGAACGCUCGUGCCUGGCCACGCGUCUGCCUUCACUGACGACCGGCGUCAGUCCAUAAGCCGACAGCCAUCUUUUACCUACUCUGAGUGGACAGACGCCAAGCAGGAGGACUUUUACGACCUGGACCCGGUGCCGGAGACACCCGUGUUUGACUGUUUCAUGGACAUGAAGGCCGAAGCCGACCCGGCCACUCUCACCGUCAAACCGGUCGGGCUUCAGGAGAGGAGGGGCUCCAACGUGUCUCUGACACUGGACAUGUGCACCCCCGGUACCACAGAGCCGUACGGGGCGCUGCUCUCGCCCCGCGAGCAGUCCACGCAGGAAUACCUCCAGAAGGCCUCCAACGUGCUCACGCCCGCUGAACUUCACACCAGAGCCCUGGAUGACGCUGUCCUACAGGCAGAGUUCUACGAGACACCAAUGAACUUUGUGGAUCCAAAGGAGUACAACAUUCCCGGUGUCGUGAGGAAGAAUCGAUACAAAACCAUCCUUCCAAAUGCCCACAGCAGAGUGUGCCUAAAAGCCGCAGAUGAAGACGAUUUUCUCAGCACCUACAUCAAUGCCAACUACUUGAGGGGUUAUGGUGGUGAGGAGAAGGCUUAUAUCGCCACACAGGGUCCAACCGUGAACACGGUUAAUGAUUUCUGGAGGAUGGUGUGGCAGGAGAAUUCGCCCAUCAUCGUCAUGAUCACCAACAUCGAGGAGAAGAAUGAGAAAUGCACAGAGUACUGGCCGGAGGACACCAUGACCUGUGAGGGCAUCGAGAUCACCGUCAACCAGGUCAUUCAGGCCGACGACUACAGCCUGAGAAUUUUUACCAUAAAGCGUGAUGGUGAAGAACGCAACCUCAGACAGUACUGGUACACCUCAUGGCCAGAUCAGAAGACCCCAGAUAAAGCCCCUCCCCUUUUGGAGCUGGUCCAGGAAGUGGAGGAGGCACGGCAACAGGCUCCGCCCAACAGUGGGCCUGUCAUUGUCCACUGCAGUGCGGGGAUUGGUCGAACUGGCUGCUUCAUCGCCACCACCAUCCUGUGCCAGCAGCUGAGGACUGAAGGUGUGGUGGACAUCCUGAAGACCACUUGCCAGCUGCGUCUGGACCGAGGUGGGAUGAUCCAGACUGCAGAGCAGUAUCAGUUCGUUCACCACGUCCUGAGUCUGUAUGAGAAACAGCUGUUCCGUGCUACUGAAGAGUAG